UGUACUGCAUAUCUCUGUAUGUGUGUCACAUGUGGUUUUCAGCCUGUGUGGGUCUUGCAUGUUGCACAGAUCAUGUGUUCGUCUCUCACUUUGCAGCCUUCAUUCUCUAUGUAUCCUGUGUUUGAAUGUGUGGCUCAGAGACGGAAGCUCCAGCAGCUGAGUCAUCAGUUGAGAAAACUGAAGUUGAAACAGGCCAAUGGGAGCGAGGCUGGUCAGUCGUUGUGGGCGUUGCCAUGGGGGAUUUUUGGGAUUCCAGUUGAACUUUCCGAGUAUUGUUGUCCAGACAGGGUGUAAAUGAAUGGCUUUGCAAGUGUGACUGUUGGUUUUAAUGUAGUUUAUCAUCCAGUCAAAAGGGUUUCUUUAAUGUAGGCAUCAAAGUGUCAUUAUUGUAGUACAGAGGCCUCAUUUUCUUCUUUAAGUAAUUAGUAAGGAUUAUUGACUAAAUUAUUAUUAUUAUUAUUACAAAAAAAACAUUUUACACACUUUUUCCCCCCUCCAAUGCCAAGUGAUACCCGUAGAGCAUUAUUGUUUUUUUAGUGUGAUUUAAAUUAAUAAUUAAUUAAUUCAAUACAGUUCUAUUAUUGAUACAAUAAUAUUUGCGCAUGUGUGAGAGAGAACCUACGUUAUCUUAUUUCCCUGUGGUUAACCAACCAAUGGUUACAGAUGGUUGAGUGCUUACAUCCUUUUUAAUUUUUAUCAUAUUUGACCAAAGAGUAACAACAAAGUGCAACAUUACAGAUGCCAAAUGCAGUAAAUGUGCAUGUUGGUUGGCAAUGGUUUUUAAUGGCAGUUUACGUCCAUGUGCUCUGGAAUGUCAAUUCUUUGAAUCCUUUGAACUGCUCAUUCUGGAAGUGAAAUGAAAGUGGUUUGUGCUUUUGUGGAAGAAGGGACUGAUUAAGAACUUUGAGGUGUGAAAGGGCAGCAUUACAUGUCUCAGUGUACAGCCUGCCAUAAAUUAUAGAUUAUUAUUAGAAGAAGGUAGUGAUGCAACAUUACGGAUAGGAACUGCUGUAUAUUUUCAUACAAAUUAAACACUUUAUUACUCUUCUCUUGGUUACUCAAUUGAAUAUAAGCAUGGACUCUGAGUACAUAAAAAAACUUCUUGGAAAAUGUCUGGCACAAGGACUGGCUGAAGUGGCCGAGCAGCGGCCUCCUUACCCUAUCCUCUACCUGGCUCACUGGCUCUACAAGCACAACUGUAAUGUUGUAUAUGAGUCAAAGAAAAGGGCCUUAGAGGCGUCUGAAAGAAUGAUUGAGGCAGCUGAAACUACUGAACCUGAAGGCACUGACCUUGAUGCCACACUCGACAGCCAAGAAGAUGACUCAAAUACAGACAAAACAGACGAACCACAUGACGAUGGCAGCCCCAAGCCUGAGGAUGGCAGCCCCAAGCCUGAUGAUGGCAGCCCCAAGCCUGAGGAUGGCAGGCCCAAACCUGAGGAUGGCAGCCCCAAGCCUGAGGAUGGCAGCCCCAAGCCUGAGGAUGGCAGCCCCAAGCCUGAGGAUGGCAGGCCCAAGCCUGAGGAUGGCAGCCCCAAGCCUGACGAUGGCAGCCCCAAGCCUGACGAUGGCAACCCCAAACCUGAGGAUGGCAGCCCCAAACCUGACGAUCGCAGCCCCAAACCUGACGAUCGCGGCCCCAAACCUGAAGAACACGGCCCCAAACCUGAAGAACGCGAGGCUGAGGAAGAAAAAGGCGAUUAAUUGUGGAUUUUAUUCAUGUAGCGUUGACUUAAGCCCCAAAGAAUAAAGAGCUCAACCCAAAGAACAAACAACCGAAUCUGAACAAGAAACACUAAUUAAGUUCUCCUGUUGAGAGUGACACAACAACGGGGUAUGAUGUUGAGUGGAAGACCAGUGUCUUCACAUAUGGAAUUUCAAGCCAGAUCUACCAUUGAGACACAGAGAGACUUACCAAAUCUAUCAGGCAUCACUUAAUACUUUCAUUUUAGAUGUGAGAGCUUUGUGAAAACAACACUCAAAAUGUGUAAAUAAAAAGAUAUUUUACAAUGUUUGAAAAAAAAAAAAGGGCUUGAUUUGUCUAUCUGAAGCAGCAUUAAAUAAAAGUCCUGUAUCAUUUUAUCUUCAACUUACAUCGUGACAGAACAUUUCCAAUGACCACUCGGGUUCAACAGUGUUAUUCCACCUGUUAUUCCAGUAAUGUACUACUUGUUUACCUUCUAUUUAUCCACCAACUUGUUUCCUUGUAUGCAGCAUAGAGUCGGGGUGUCGACCAUAAAUGCCUCCGUGCCUGAUUGUAGGGCGCGGAGGUUCAUGCCAUAGCGACAAAAGCAAUCUUCAGCUCAAAUCACUUUCUCCACAACUCGGUUUUACUUUUUUUAGACUUUGCAUGUCCAUUGUCUUCACUUGAGAAAUGACGAUGUUUCGACCACUGGAUUUAACAGUAGAGGGAAAUGGUAAAAGAAUGAUUCAGUGACUUUGAAAUGCAUUCAUCCAUUUAUGGUAAUUUCCCACUGUGGUAGGCAAGAAAACUGGUAUGUUGUGCUUGGCUUAGAGUCCUGUUUAUUUGUCUUACUGACUCAAUAUUGUUAAGUGUAGCAGUGUUUGUUAUUGUGUGCCAGUUUCAUCUUUAGGUGUAUUGAUGGAAAAACUGUUUUGGUUUGGUGUUUUCUUUGGCUCAAGGAAAACAUUCCCUCUGAUUGACAGUAACAAAAUAUAUAAGCUGUGUGCUGAGGCUUCAAGGAUUCACACAACCAUAUCAUUUCAGUAUUUUGCUGAAAUGAUAUGGUUUUGCUGACUUGUAUGCAGUCUUUGAAGGCUUUGGUUCAGCUGUCGUUUGAAGGCAGACAUGGAGCUGAUGUUGGGGGUCAUGGUUGACGUCCCACCAGCUAACCAAACACACCUUCUGGUCACUGGAGACAUACCGUACAUGUACAGCUUAGAGACAGUGCAUGAGAGAUGUGACCCGGAAACGGGGGAGAGAGGAGACAAUAACCCAGAUGAUACCUUGGCCGGUUUUCGACCUUUUAUAACGGGUGAAGAACGUCAGUCUUGCUAGCUGUUAAGUCUAAGGAUGUAUAGUUGAGGAUUUUGAGUCACAUGUUUACCUGUAUUCUUGACUAUUAUUAUGCUGAUGGUUUUUUUCCACGACAUUCGCAUUUUUGUACUGAUUCCUCAUGAUGGAAAUAUUUGGUGCAAUGAGUUAAUGUUACUCUCAUAUGACGCCUACUGUGUAAAAAAACAAAAAACAAAAAAAAGUCUUGAAAUGAGUAUCUCUCAAGUGAAACUAACCACUAGUGUUUGUCUUCAUCA